GACUGAAGAGUAGUGUAGGGGGGGUGAGGUGUCGGAGAGAUCUCAUCCGGGGGGCUUAAAGGGAUUGGAUGAAGUGGAUGAGUUUGGUUGAGGGUGUGUGAGAGGGAGUGAUGUAUGGGUGGGAGAAGCGUGCGGGAUAGGAAGGGACGAGAGAGGUUGCCUCGCACUUUCACACCGGCGUAUCAGUAUGAGAGGUGGUGGAUGGGAGGGCAGGGAAGGGGGAGAACGGGAUGGAGCUGGUAUGUGCACGGCGCGCGCCUCUCUUGGUAUGUUGUAUGUGUGUGUGUGUGUACGGGUGGGAUGAGUGAGAUGAGUGGGAAUACGAUGUAUCUAUCGUCAGAGGAAAAUCAAGAACCCUUUCUUCACAUCUCAGCUCUUGUCCCGAAAGUUACGCUUUUGGAGGCAUGAUCCCUAGUUAGUAUAUGCUCUGGGUGAUGAGUA